AUGGCUGCAUGUCAUCUCCGUUCAAUCAGCUUACCAUCUGGAUCUCAUCCUCUAACUGCAACUAUUGAGGAGCAUCAGUGCAAGUUGAAGACAUCACAGUCCUCAUCAAUAGGCCACAAAUUGAAUGGCCUAAAGAAUUUGUCUGAGUCCAAAGGCAAAUCAAAGCCCUCUGGCUGGUCAAUCAUCUCAAAAGCAUUGCAAUCCAAGCGCAUAUCAUGUGAAGUGGAAAUUGAAUUAAAUGAAGUAGAGAAAAUUGAUGCUGAAUUGCUUAUCCUGAAGUCAAGUAAUGACAUCAGUAUUUCACAACUUCAAAAUGUUCUGAAAGGAUUGGAAGCAUUGGAGUCAAGCACUCAAGAAGUAGAGGAGGAGCUGGAAUGCAUCUAUAGGCAAUUGGUGAAAACCAGAGUAUCCCUUCUCAACAUUCUGAAUCAUUAA